AUGGCCGCGUCCGUGCAACCGCAGCACCCUCAGCAACCUGUAGCUCCCGAAACAACCGAUACUGAGACGCGUGGAUCUAUUCCUUAUCGACUCGAUGCCAGCGGUCGGCUGGUGAACCAUAGCUUUCUUGGCACCGCCCGAGAUUUGAGCAAAUUUACCGAGAUGCCCGAGCCACGCGUACCGACCCCUCCGAAAGCUGACAAGGCAGGGCGGCGGCCACGUCGUUCGCGCUACAGAGCUGAGCCCAUAGAUCGCGAGGCACGCUCUCUCAAUCACUGGGAUGCCACGCUGAAGGAGUGGUCGCGCCAAGAGCGUCACAUUCGUGAGCGCACCGGUCAGGAUGGCGCCACCCUCAACAUGAAUUCCCAGGACCUUGUACGCAGCAGUUACAACAAAAGGGAACAGCUGGAGCGUGCCAUGCCUGAGCUGGAGACAGGGAAGGGAUUUCGCUAUAAAUCGGAGUUUUGGCAAGAAAUCCCCGUGUCGAAAUCGGGCCUCAAUUUUACCUUGUCCAAGGCUCAACGUGGUCAGCACCCGGAGCUUGAGUAUCAAGGGCGGCCCUCCAUCAUCGACCGAGAGGUGGGCCAUGGCCCCGCUCGGCACCCAACACAUAGCUGGAUGGACCGAUCCCAAUACCUCCAUGAGCGCGAAACCCAGCUCGAGUCAAAUUUUGAUGAUUUUCAACGCCUUGAGCCCGACUAUCGCAAGUUGUACAUUCGUGGCGAACCAGCCGUCUUUGGUUCCGCGCCCAGCUCGGCGCCAACCGAGGAGGAUGACUUGCUUCUUGGCCUUGCCCAAGAUGACGCAGACAUGGAAGACUUUGCCAGCUAUGAGCAGGCCCUUGACGAUAAGGCUGCCCAGAGCGGUAAACCGUCAGAAGCCGAUGCUUCCGGCAUCCAAUCGGUUGACCCUCUGGUGGAAAUGUAUCCAUGUGAUCCUGAUGAGCGAGCUCAUCAGCCCAAGCGCUUUUUUGAAGGCUGUCGCGUGGUUUUUCAUGCCCACUGCAAAGAAAAGGUAACCAAGGCCAUAGAACUUCGCAACGUCGGCAACACGGUCGUCUAUUUUCAAUGGCAUCGCUCUGAGCGCGACAACGCCCUUGGGCGUCACGAAGAUGACAUGCAUCGCUUCUUUCUCGACUGUGAAAGCGGAGCCAUCUUGCCCAAGGAAUCGCGCAUUCUCACUGUAGCCUUUGUGAGCUCCAAAUCGGGCGUCUUUUCCGACGAAUGGCGCCUACUGGUUCAGCCAACCAUUGGGCAUGCCUAUCUGACUCUUGAGCUCUGCGGUGUCACAAAGCAGCAUGAUCCACAAAAGGCCGUGCGUGAAGCUCAAGAGACUCGCUUGGCACGCCGUGCUAUGGAGCGCAGCCUUCGUUGGCUGGUAGAGGACAUCGUAUCUCGGGUUGACAAAUCGAAUGGGCGCCAUCUGCGAGUAUCCUUGACUUCAAGCAGUGCAGAUUCCUUUGCCCGGAUCAAUGAGUCACUGGGACAAGGCUAUCAUGCCGAGGUGGAGCUAUACCUGAAUCAGCUCUUUGACGCUGUAUGGACCCAUAUUCAUGACCGAGACCGUGAAACAGUCCAAACGUCGCAGUCAACAUCACGUCCCAAGCGCCGGCAGGUCGCUGAGGUGGCUGCUGCGCCCGACGCUAGCGCGCCAGUCGCCCCGGCGCGGCCCAAGUGGACUCGGUCCUUGACCGAGCUCUUCGAGCUCAUUCAGACAGUGCUCGAGGAUGACGCUCGUGAAGGCUUUCUGAGCGAGUAUUAUCGGCUUGUGGAUGGCAUGCAAUGUCCGCCUCAGCCCCAAAAUUUUCUUGAUUCAUUUCGUCUUGGACGACAAGUCGUCGUGGAAAGUCUGGAUCGAUUUUCGACCAUUGCCUUUGACGUGCGCACGACCAUGGGACUACCAGCCCGACAGUUGACCGAGCAGGAGGUUGCUGCCACCAAAGGCGUACGUAAGGAGUUGCGUGUCAAGUCGGCCACACGCCGGACACCGAGUGCAAGACUCCGCAGUGCCCAACCCUCUGAGCCUAGCGUUGAAGAGGCGUUGCCUACUCCGACGGUCAACUCUGCAACCUAUGCCCGCUAUCAUGCCAACCUCAGGCUCAUGGCACGCGACAUUGUGUCGGAUAUGAUCAUCAAGCUGGCCGAGGCCGUGGAGGUGUCGCGCCAGCAACCUGCACCCUGA